AUGAUUGCGUCGUCCUCUUUCUCAGCCACAACGUCUGCGACUACUUCUGGAGUCAAGCGUAAAGCUUCACCAGAUAUGUCCGACGAUAUUUGGACAGUAACUCCUCGAAAAAAUCAUCUACACGUCGCGACUACAGGUACUCCGUCUACGAUACGCUCAAGGGACUCGGAGUUCUUUUCAGAUUUGAGUGAUAAUUGUAUUGCCACCUCGGACACAUCCGGCGAGAGAAUUGAGAGUUGCAAUUCUUACGCCGUAAACAUCGGUGAUUCAAGAGUAAAUGUAUCCAGCUCCCGACAGAGACCUACAACUGAGUUAUACAUCAAGAUGGUGGUGGGCCCAAAAGUUAACAUAGUUGUUGGUCCUGAGAAGAAAUCAUUUGAGCUACCAAAAGAUCUCCUCGCAUACUAUUCUCCGGUCUUCGAUAGAUCCUUCAAUGGAAACUUCAUAGAAGGUCAGACACAAAACAAUGGAAUUGCGAGAAUAUACUGUGAAAGAUUUCGAAGUUCUGGUAGAUACGCGGAUAAGUACGACCUUGGAGAUGUAAGUACUUUGGUAUACGACGCUCUUCGAACGACCUUGAUAGAGGGUGGUGCAUCGGCUUUUGAACCUAGCUUCAUAAAAAGUCAAGAUGGCAAUUGCUUACGAGCACUGAUGGUCGACGGCCGCACUGUCAUUCCAAGGGGAUACUUUGGGAAAAAUAUCCAAACGAUUUCAGAUCAAUUUCGAAAAGCAGAGGCUGAAGUGGAGGGCUUCACAUCUGCUCUUUAUUGCCAACUCAAAAAAUCUGUUUCCUGUAGUUAUCGGGCUCCCUUUUACUAUCGAAAAAAACAUAAAGAUUUCGAUUAA